CUGCGCCAAGGCUUACCCAGCCGUGCAGUGCUGUGCUGCAAACCUUAGCUUUUCGACCCAUGCGCUGUGUACCGGCACGCUUGCAUUGGUGUGCCACCACCACCUCUGCCGAUUUUUAAAAGCCAUUACGCUUUCCUACACUGCACUGCACAGCACCUCGCUCGCUCGCUCACUCAGCAGGUUCAGCUCAGAGCCCCAGACACCCACCCGCCACUGCACAGCCAGCAGCCAGCAGCCAGCAGCCAUGAGCAAGGGGGAGAAGCACCACCGGCACGAGCACCACCUGCGCCGCUGCUGCGGCUGCAUGGCCUCGGUCCUGCUGGCGCUGGUCCUCGUGGUGGCCUUCGUCGCGCUGGUCGUCUACCUCGCGCUGCGCCCCUCCAAGCCGUCCUUCUACCUGCAGGACCUGCAGCUCCGCCGGCCCAUCCACGUCGGCGACCCCUCCCUCUCGGCGUCCGCGCAGGUCACGCUCGCCUCCCGCAACCCCAACGACCGCGUCGGCGUCCUCUACAAGCGCCUCGACGUCUUCCUCACCUACCGCGACCAGCCCGUCACGGCGCCCGUCUCCCUCCCGCCGCAGUACCAGGGCCACCGGGACGUCAUCGUCUGGUCCCCCGUGCUGGCCGCCGAGUCCGUGCCCGUGGCCGGCUACGUCGCGGACGCCAUGAAGCAGGACAUCGCCGCCGGGUUCGUCGCGCUGCAGGUCAAGGUCGACGGCCGCGUCAAGUGGAAGGUCGGGAGCUGGGUCUCCGGGAGCUACCACCUCUUCGUCAGCUGCCCCGCCGUGCUCUCCGCCGGCGGCUUCUUCGGAGGCUCCAACGCCACGGUGCUCAAGUUCGCGCAGCCCACGGGGUGCAGCGUCGAGGUGUAGGCCGCCCGGCCGGUGAAAUGUAUGUGUAGCGCGUUGGUACUCCGGCGAAAUUAAAUGUUACUCCGUUAAUUAAUUAGUUUUCUUGGGGCCGGGACGGGUUUUAUCGUUAAUUAUUAAUUAAGCUGUUAAUUUUUGUUAAUGUCUCAUAUUCAGAUCAUGUGGGGGAAUAAAUCUAUGUUUUGUAUACAUGUGUAGCCGUUCCGAAACAUGAGUUAUUAUAUAUGAUUUGUUUCUGUAAUU